AUGAUCGCGUGGAGCACAAGCGCGUUAGUGUUCAUUCUAGUCGGUAAUUUUUUAAGUUUGGAUGGCGAGAUGCUGGGCAGCUGCGCCAAUUGUGCCAACGCGGACCUCAGUGUCACCCAGCUGACGGAGGCGCGGAUCGAGUUCGUCAAGCAGCAGAUAUUGAAGAAGCUCCGCAUGACCAAGAAGCCGGCUGUCGCGCUGCCCGUCAAUAGCUUACCGAUGCCGGUGGCGCAAGGACAGACCCUCAGUGAAGGCACUGAUAAGCCCCCCGAGUUUGACGACUAUUAUGGCAGAACCGAACAAAAGAUCAUCUUCCCUGUCGAGGGAGAAUGCUUAACGUCAGGCCGGUACCCAUUCAAGUGUUUGCAGUUUGAGUUACCUCCGGACGUGGAACCUGAAGAAGUAUCUGUGGUUGAACUUUGGUUUUAUAAGGAGCGGGAUCCCUUUGACGAAUAUAAUCAGACGUUUGUGAUAUCGGAAGCCGCUCACUGGGACAGCCAGCAGCAGUUCAAGAAGACUAAGCCGAUAGCCAUUAAGGAGACUGAUGUGGGCGAAGGCUGGGUGAGAGUAGAACUCGCCUGGGCGGUCAGAGUUUGGCUAGAAGGACGCCAAAGAUUGCACACAUUACACGUCGCGUGCAGGACUUGUCAGCUACGUCGCGCUCCGCUCUCCUUCCAUGAGAAGCAUCGUCCUUUUCUUGUGCUGUAUACCAAAUACGCGGGCAAGCGUCGUCGAGGGAGAGCCUUGGAGUGUGAUCCUAACACCAACGAGUGUUGUCGCGAGCCCCUAUACAUCAGCUUCAAGGACCUGGGCUGGGAUUACUGGAUCAUCAGACCGGCUGGAUACCACGCGUAUUUCUGCAAAGGAAGCUGCGCCCCUAUAUCUGCGGUCACAACUUCCAAGAGCUACCAUCACGACAUCAUCAGGAAAUACUUCUACACUGUGUCGGAACGAGUGGCGGAGUUCAAGCCUUGCUGUGCCCCGACGACCUUCAGCUCCUUACAGCUACUUUACAUAGACUCGACGAAUACAGUAACGCAAAAGACCCUGCCUAAUAUGGUGGUCGAAUCGUGUGGUUGCAUGUGA